AUGGUAGCCCACAGACUCGAAGAUUCGGAUGCUUUGCCGGUGCCCCUCACUCGAGGCGUAAGGCUGCAGAAGUCGGAGCUGGUUGGCCGUGGGAUUGACUUGGCGUAG